AUGGCGCACGGCGGGCCACGCGUGUCCGCCGCCGCCGCUCCGCGCGGAGCCGCCCGCCUGCCGCCGCCGCUGCUGCUGCUGCUGCCGCUGCUGCUGGCCGCCGCCGCCGCCGCGCUGCGCUGCGCGGAGCCCUGCGGCCGCCCGCGCCCCGGAGCCCUGACCCGCGGGGCGCGCAGCCCGCCGGAGCCGCGGCGCGGCGGCGGGGCGGCGGCGGUGGGGGGCAGCCGCUCCAGGAGAGCAUCCUCGGCGGCGGGCCGGGAGCAGGUCUCCCUCAUCAGCACCUCCUUCGUGCUCAAAGGGGACGCGUCUCACAACCAGGCGAUGGUGCACUGGACGGGCGAGAACAGCAGCGUGAUCCUGAUCCUUACCAAGUAUUAUCAUACUGACAUGGGGAAAGUGCUUGAGAGCUCUUUGUGGAGGUCCUCAGAUUUUGGGACGUUAUACACAAAGUUGAAUCUACAGCCUGGGAUUGCCACUGUUAUUGACAAUUUCUACAUUUGUCCCACCAACAAAAAAAAGAUAAUUCUUGUAAGUUCUUCCCAUAAUGACCGUGACCAAAGCCUUUUCAUAAGCACGGAUGAAGGAGCCACUUUCCAGAAACAACCCAUUACUUUCUUUGUGGAAACUCUUCUUUUUCACCCGAAAGAAGAAGAUAAAGUACUUGCUUAUACCAAGGAAGGCAAGGCUUAUGUAUCCAUUGACUUGGGGAAAAAAUGGAUCCUUCUUCAGGAACGAGUUUCAAAAGAUCAUAUGUUUUGGGCUGUUGCUGGAGUUGACGGAGACCCUGAUUUAGUUCAUAUGGAAAUCCAGGACCCCAGUGGAGGUUAUCGCUACAUCACUUGCCAGAUACAAAAUUGCUCUGAUAAGACAAUGACAGUCCAGUUUGCUGGUGGCACUGAUCGGGAUUCCCUCACUGUGCAGGAUGACUACAUAUUUCUUCAGACAACAUCAGCAAAUCGGACUAAGUAUUAUGUGUCUUACCGUCGGAAUGGCUUUGUACAGAUGAAAUUGCCAAAAUAUGCAUUGCCAAAAGAUUUACAGAUUAUCAGUACAGAUGAAAACCAGGUGUUUGUGGCUGUUCAGGAGUGGUACCAGACAGACACGUACAACCUGUACCAGUCUGACCCGCAAGGUGUUUACUACUCUAUCCUGCUGGAGAAUGUCCGGAGCACAAAGCAGCCAGAAGAGAAUGUCCUGAUAGAUAUUCUAGAGGUCAGAGGUGUAAAAGGAGUCUUUUUGGCCAACCAGAAAAUUGAUGGGAAAGUUACAACUCUGAUAACCUACAACAAAGGCCGUGACUGGGAUUUUCUAAACCCUCCAGACAUUGAUAUGAAUGGCAAACCAACAAACUGCAAACCUCCUGAUUGCUACCUUCACCUCCAUCUCCGCUGGGCAGACAAUCCCUAUGUGUCAGGAACAGUCCAUACGAAGGACACUGCACCAGGGCUCAUAAUGGGGGCAGGUAACCUGGGGUCCCAGCUGGUUGAGUAUAAAGAAGAAAUGUACAUAACGUCUGACUGUGGGAACACAUGGCGUCAGGUCUUUGAAGAAGAGCAUCACAUCUUGUACCUGGACCAUGGUGGAGUUAUUGUGGCCAUCAAAGACACCUCUAUCCCUCUGAAAAUACUCAAGUUCAGCAUAGAUGAAGGCCAGACUUGGAGUACACAUAAUUUUACCAGCACUUCAGUCUUUGUAGAUGGAUUACUUAGUGAACCUGGAGAUGAGACGCUGGUCAUGACAGUCUUUGGACAUAUUAGCUACCGUUCAGACUGGGAACUGGUGAAGGUGGACUUCAGACCAUCCUUCCCCAGAGAGUGCACUGAUGAUGACUAUGAAUCUUGGGAGCUCACAAAUUUACAGGGUGAUCGCUGCAUCAUGGGCCAGCAGAGGAGCUUUCGAAAGAGGAAGAUUUCAUCAUGGUGCAUUAAAGGAAGAAGUUUCACAUCAGCUCUCACAUCUAAAGUUUGUGAAUGUGUGAACUCUGAUUUCUUAUGUGAUUACGGGUUUGAGCGGUCUGCACUUCUGAAGUCAGAGUCUAGCAAAUGCUUUGCUGACUUCUGGUUUAACCCAGAAGCACCUCCUGAAGACUGCAUGCUGGGGCAGGCGUACACCAGCAGCACUGGGUACAGAAAAGUUGUUUCUAAUGUGUGUGAAGGUGGCAUAGACCUGCAGCAGAAUUUAGCACAGCAUAUGUGUCCAUUGAUUGCUCCCAAGGGACUUCAGAUCAGCAUCAGAGAAGAAAGUCUGACUGUUAAGCCUGGUGAAGACAUCACCUUCAUCAUCAGACAAGAGCAGGGUGAUGUAUUGAAUACCAAAUACCAGGUGGAUCUUGGAGAUGGCUUUAAGGCAAUAUAUGUGAACCUUACAAUGACUGGAGAACCCAUCCGUCACCGCUAUGAGAAUCCUGGGAUUUACCGUGUCUCAGUGAAGGCUGAGAAUGUGGCUGGGCAUGAUGAGGCUGUGGUGUUCAUCCAAGUCAACCCUCCACUGCAGGCUUUGAAUUUAGAAGUGGUUCCAGUUGUUGGGAGAAACCAGGAAGUGAAUCUGACAGCCAUCAUACUGCCAAAGAACCCUAAUUUGACAGUCUUCUACUGGUGGAUAGGAAGCAAUCUUCAGCCACUCCUUACAUUGGACAAUUUUCUGGUGACAAAGUUUGCCGAGACAGGUGACGUCAGAGUUACAGUGCAGGCUUCCUGUGGGAGCUCCAUGCUUCAGGACUCGAAAGUUGUCCAUGUUUUUGAUCAUUUUCAUGUUCUUCCUCUGAAGUUUACUAAGCACCUGGACAUGUACAACCCCGACAUACCGGAGUGGAGAGAAGACAUAGGGCGGGUAGUAACACGACUUCUUGCAAAGGAAACCAAUAUACCCGAAGAAACACUUGUGACAGUUGUGAAACCCGGUCUGCCCACAACUGCUGACUUGCAUGUGCUACUACCAGCAAACCAACCAAAAAGGAAGAGAAGUGUAACUAGUGAUAAGAGAAUAGCGGCUAUAAAGCAGGCCUUGAAUGCACACAACAUCAGUUUCUUUCUGAGGGGAGGAUACUGGGUCUUAGUGACUUUAGCUGACUCCAGUUCAGACUCUCAGAGGAUUGGAGGAGGCAGUGGCUACUGGGCUAUUGUGGUUCUCUUUGUUAUCUGUCUAGUUGUGGUUGGGGCUUUCAUCCUCUACAAGUUCAAAAGGAAACUGCCAGGCAGAAAUGUCUAUGCCCAGAUGCACAACGAAAAAGAGCAGGAGAUGACAAGCCCUGUUAAUCAUAGUGAGGACACCCAGAACAUCAUCCAGGGUGAGGAGUUUAUUGAUGAUGAUCUGGACUCUCAAACACUAGGUAACGCAAGAGUGACUCCUUCUGGGAGAAGUGGCAGCUUGAACAGCUACAGAGUUCCCCUAUUGCUGAUGCCGGUCAGUGUCCAGUCCCAGGCAAUCACUCAGGCGUGGUUUUGAGCAUCAACUCCAGAGAGAUGCACAGUUACCUGGUUAGCUGAUAUUUACAGCUGAACACAAAACCCGAAAGACUCUUCUCUGUAUCGUUUUAUUUUUCCCUGGUGAUGUCAUAAAAUUGCAAAUAUGGCUGUUAAUACUGGUGGAGAGGAGGUUUCUUAUAAGUCCCAUGGAAAAAAGCGUCCAUCAUCAGUUACCAAGGGAGAAGGAUAAUACGUCUUGUGUUCACUCUAUGGCCUGGGAACUUGUUACGAUUGAAACUCAAAACUAUGGUAGCAAAUUUGUAGCCCUAGGCACCUUCAAUGCCACCCCAUUUCUUUUCUGUAUAUGCUCUAGUUCUUUAUGUUUAUUUUUAGAAGGAUUGACUGUAACUUUUUAAUUAUAUUUUUAAUUGAGGUAUUCAGCGGAAGGCUGGGACUCUUCAGCCCAAAAAGGUGAUUUUUACACAAGCGACUAGACCAGAACAGAUGGUUGGUUGAUCACAAUGACAUUUUUGUUAGGAGGCCAAGUGUUUCUGCACUGGGAGAGGACUGAGCAAGGAGACAAAUGAACUCCUAGUCGAUACAAGCUCUUAACUUAAACAUGUGUGAGACAAUCUAAUGAAUUUAGGCUUAGGCCCUUCUGUGAUUAAAGGAAGUAAAGUGUUAAGAUAUCUCAUAAUAUACGAUAAUGCUCUUUUAAGUGUAGCAAGUCCUGACAAACCAUCAGCACCAGUAUCUCCCCCAAUCCCACCCCGUGUGAAAGAAAAACACCAGCUCAAUGCUAUUUCCAGACCAGGUGCCUUCACUUGUGGACAGUCAUUUCAGUUGCUCUCUUCUUGUCUCCUGAACAAGCACCUCUAGGACGAUGGCAGCUGCCGGAUGAGUUAUCCUGUAAAACCCCAUGCUGGUGGCCUGUCUCUUUUUAAAUUUCCAGAGAGUGUAAAUACCUCUUUUAAGUCACUUUCUUUGUAUGGUUAUUUUUUAAAAACUUCCUAUUAGGGCAGAGGUGCCGGGUAGGUCAGAGCUCUCCCCCAGGCAGGACUGGGUAGUGCCCCACCAUCCCCUCCCUGCCCGCAUCCUUCUCUGGGAUUUUCCCAGGCCGUUUGCCCUUGCAGGCAGGGGUGGGCAAAAUCUUACCUGACAUUUUCUGCUCGGGUUGGUUUGACAAUCCAGGGGACCACGGGGAGGCUGGGCUGAUUCAGGGGUUCAUAUUUCCUUUCCAUCACCACAGGGUGUCACUCAGUCCCUACCUCCACUGGCCCCUAUUUCUGCAGGGAGGGCGGUGGGGCUUCUGAAGGAGCUGCCUGCAGAAAGACUUGUGAGUCAGGCCAGAGUCUCCUAAUCCCAAUUUUGUGAGUUGGGUCAGAGUUUCCUAGUCUUGACCUCUGCAUCCCUAGGAAACAGCAGGGCAGUGAAUCCACACCCUGCUAGCCUUUUCCCUGUGUUUUAUGGAGCUGUGUAGGAAACGGACUGUGGUGGGAUGAGUUUAAACAUCUGGCAUCCUAUGUGUCACAGCUGCCUGGGAUUAGGAUGCUUCUCUCAGAAACCUAUAUAAUCUCUUCACUUUUUGCCUUUGAUAGAGAAUAAAUAGCUCUUUACUCACUGAAUGUCAUACUGAUGCUAGUGGCAAGCUCACCCACCACCUUGCUUAAGGAGGAUAUAGAUAGCUAACUACAUCUCUCUGAAUAAACAAAUAGAAAAUAAUGAAUGCUGGUACAACAGAAAAGAACUGUCUUAAAAUUAUCAUAUGCAUUGGAGUCAUUCUUCCAUGUAGCUGUGGAUGCCCUAGAGCAUAUUGUCAUCAAAUGCAACAGACUGGGAUAUAAUAAUUCAGCAUAGUACUGUAGGCUCUCACAAAUCCCACAGGAUGUAAGUGUAAAGCACAAGAAAAUCUAGAUUAUAAACUUACUGUAAGGAACUACAUGGAAAAGUUAAAGUGAAGAUUCUGAAAAGCACUUGCAAACUGCUCAGGAAAACAAUUUCAAAAAUUGUUCUAAAAUUUCUGCCUAUUUGGUUGUAAAGUGCCAUGCAAACUGAUUUAUGGAGAAGCAACGCUGUAGCUGACUCUUUUAUGCCAGACUGUGCAGAAAUCCAAGGUGUUUCAUGUAUCCGAUCUGGGUUUCUUGAAGAGAAGUGCAAAUACAAAAUGUGCUGUGCAUUGGAAACUCUCAGGAUCAUUGCACCAGAGGCUUUCCCUCCUCACCAGCUCUUUAUGCUUUUUCUAGUGGAAAUUUGCUGGAGCAAAGAAUAAAACAGUAUUGCAACCAGCUUACUUGUUCCUGUGAAAUAGAUCUGAAGGGUUGGGUUUCUUUUUUUUUUUUUGUAUAGGGCAGGUGAGUGGCAGGUUAGCCUUAUGGACAAGGGAUGGGAUGGAAGUUCUGUCUUGGGGUUGUUUUCCCACGGUUCAUCUGAUUGGCAAAGGACACUGUCAGAACUAGGUCACACAUCUAAUUUAUGCUUUAACAGCUACUUUUAUACAUUUAAUACAGGAUGAUUUGUGUCUGAUAAAAGGAGUCUUUUGGAACACUGUAGAAUAUUUAACUGCUUGGUACUCUAAUUAACACUUAGCACAAUAUAGUGCCUGUAAUAAUGUUUUUUGAUGCUUAUUAAUUUGAUUCAUGCAGCACUCCUGUGAGGUUGGUUUGUCAUGUCUUAAAAACUCUGUUUUCUAAAGAGAUGUCAGUAUUACCAUAACUGUAUUUAUAAUACCCAGCAGAUAAUAAAGGAAGCCUUUGAUUCCCUGGCAAGAAUAACUUCAAAAUUAAUUAUUUUAAAACUGAGAAAAUACCAUUACUAUUUUCCCAUUCAUGGUGUCUUGGUUUAUCUUUGAAUGAAAACUCUCCCUAGUGCUAGGUUUCAAAUCUCUUGAACUAUGUCCGUGACAUCUUAACAUUUUAUCCUGUAUAUGUAUCUAAAAUCCUGAGUUGUUUCUAUGCACAAACAGUAGUCACACAUGCAUGCACAUGCACAUGCAGUAUUUGUACAUAUUCCGGUUAAAUUUGUUAGUGAGGAAGGGUGAUUUGAUGGCCAAGAAACAGAAGAUGACUGUCAGGUACCUGGAUUCCGUGCCCAGACUUUGGGCAAGUUACUUAACCUGUAUGUGCCUCAGCUUCCCCACCUGUAAAAUGGGGCUGAUAGUAAUUAUGGACCUCACAGGGGUAUUGUGAGGCUAAAAUAAUUACUCUUUGUUCAGGAUCCUCAGAAUGAAAGAAUGUUGUGAGCAUAAAUUAUUAAUAGUUUUGCUUUCUUUGUUUUACAUAUCAUUACUGCUGUUAUUAAAGGUAGUCUACUGAAACCAGCUGCAAUUACGUAUACAUGUAAAAAAUACAUAAUCUGGAAAAGGUACAUCACCAUUAAAAAAGUAAUUUUAAAACCUGUUAUUGGAACAUAUUGUUACGUGGUAGCAUUACAACAUUGGCUGUGAUUUUGCUGUUACACACCAUUAUCUUAAAUUUACUUUUCUGUGGUGUUAUUUGGACAAAAGCCUUAUAAUAAUGGGCACAGUGGUGCUUAUCAACAGUGAUACUGAACUAUACUGAAACCAACGAAACUGGUGGUAUAUUGGCCUCAUUUACAUCUUUUGGCCUUCUUAAACUCUGACGUAUUUGCAAUUUCAAAAACACCCUGUACUAUUCAGAGUGCUCCAAGCAUUCUAACAGAGCCAUCAAGAUUCAGAGCUGUUAUCUUCGCUUUCCCUUUUGACAGUGAAUGUUUUGUACGGCUUUGGAGUCGUCCAUCCAUAUAAAGUGCUCUGAAAUGCUCAGAAGGCAUUUAGGGAAAAUCCACACAUAGUGUAAAUUAAUUUCUCAAAAGUAAAAGCAAUAUAAACCAAUGUAUGUUUUUACACCUGGUAGAAGGUGGUGGUGGAAAUGGCUAUGAAGAAAUAGAAGGUGCCAGCCUGAGGCAAGAUGUUGUUAUCAUCUCCAAUUCACAUCCAAUUUCUUUGAACUCUUUUCAGAUAUUCUCACUGAAUAAUAUCCUUUUUAAUGAGUUUUCUGCUUUCAGUGACCAGUGGAAAGAGUAGUAAAGCGCUUAUUCGUAUAAAGUAGAUUAUUUGUUAAAUCGCUGUCCUCUGGACAGACAAAGACAGAUCAGCGCUUUGCCAUUAGCAGUUCCUAGUGCAAAGGAGAUUUCCUCUGACAUGAUUAUGUUAGCUGUGGUUUAGGUCCAAUGAGACAUCCCUUUAGUGGGAAUACUCUACUACUGUAUGCUGUCUCUUUAAUAGGGGACAGCAGAAUGCAAGUGCAGUGGUUUCCUUCUUCCUUACACCAAUAUAUGCUCAAAGAAGAUUGGGGGUUUUUUACUAUUUCUAGGAUAUUAAAUACAUGCAUUUGUUUGAAAUAACUUUUUGAUGAUGAACCAAUGGUUCUGAUAAGCUUUGGAUUUCUAGUGUUAUUCAAGUCAAAUACAGUGUUGCUAAAUUGAUAGAAUCGAUGACAAUUUCAGGCAUAGAUUUUUCCUAUGUUUCAUGUAAAACAAUUUUUUUGUAAUUUUUCAUUAAUGAGACUUUGGGGAGAAAAGAGACACUAAAAUUUUUAUUUCGUCACACAGUCCCUGUCAGCUGGAGUUCUUAUAGUAUAUUGUUUGAUACCGCUGUGUUGUUUCCACCUUCAUUUUUAUUUCAGAACUUUAGAUGAAAGUAAGAGCGUGUUUUUCUCAAAAUAUUGUCUUUCCACCAGGAAGAAAUUUAUAAGCAUUUACCUUCAUAAAUAUUGAUUUUUGAGAUGCAAAAUUUUGUUGUGUCUUCUAAGUCCAUCCAAAAAGCUGCCUCCUGGCUCAUUUUCUCUGUUCUAGUCCCAAUUGCACAUUGCUUCUACAACUUUCUUUACGAGACUGGCAUAUAGCCUAAUCUUACUAGUCUGAGAAAGUCUUUCUGAAACUUCCAUCAGAAUAGCAUUUAAUUGCCUAGAAGUAGUUACAGGAUCUGCUCAGACCAUUUUCCUAAUGUUAAUUCUGUAUUUUCAUGUUCCUUAUUUCCUUCCGGUAUUUCAGUAUUAGCCCUCUCAGUGCCAUUUUAAUGCAUGUUUGUUCCCAUCAUGGAUAUCUAUGUAAUGUUUUUCACUUAUUUUCAGACUAUAAUCAUCAAAGUGACAAAUUUUGAAAUAACUCAGACCCCCAGUUAGCUUUGGCAACUAAAAGCCUAACCCCGCAGUCUUUGGGAAAUGUCAAGCUGUGAAAUCUUAAUUUUUUUAAUCUUCUUUCCUAAGUCAGCCCUUCUACCCGACGAAUCACCUCAGCAGCUUUCAUUUCCCUCAAGCUGGAGGGAGUGCAAAAGGGUUUCUCAAUGUCAAGAGGGUCUAGAAUAGCUCAUUGCCCAAACCUGAACGGGAAUGUUGUGUGGAGAAAGUUUUUAUCUUUCUUUUUGAGUAUGUUGCAUAGGUCAGGGAGAAUUAUACAUGCUACCAGGGAAAUAAGGACCUGUAAUGGUACUUGAGGAUGGUGUGAAGACUAAAGAAUGCAUUCCUCUUAGAAGUUUUGGUUUUUUCCGAAAUUGAUCUAUACAGGAAGUUACUUUCAUGAUUUUUAAUAUGUGAGAUCUCAUUUCCGUAAGUCUUCAGUCCUGGCCUUUUUCCUCCUGUUAAAUGGAGUAGCAAAUUACUUAAAAUAUGAACUGUGGAGCCAUGUAUGACUGAAUGAAAUAUUUGUAUUCUUUCAGUCUUUUUUUUUUUCCUUAUUUGAAGCUUGUCAGAAUUACUGUUUUCAGCUAGUUUACAUGUUGGAGGCUGAGAUGAUCUUCUGGAAGACUCUAUCUAAGACAAGAAAUACUGGAAAGCUUAGAAAUACAUACUCUGAAGUGCAACAAUAUAGCUAUGUGAACAAAAUCCUUAUCAAAGAGCUGUUAUGUUUUGUAUUAAAAGAAUUUUUUUAAUAGUAUCUCUAAAAAUACAUGUUCUUAAUUGCAUAUUCUUUGUCUGUCUCCUUUCAGACUGAUUUUCUUUUAGGAGUGACAUUUACUAGCCCUGAAAAAAAAAGUGGAUUCUUUCUGUUACACAAGUAAUUCUGUUUAAAAUUAUUUCCUUGCAACACUUGAAAGCAAACUUUAGCUUUAUUGAUCAGAGUUGAUUUCUGGGUUUCUGUAGAAUUUGCAUCUUUACACUGGCCUGUUGUACCACAGUGGACAUAAACCCCUGUUGUGCAGCAAUAAUACAUGCAGCAGUACAUGGGCGCUACUUAAAUAAUACGCCUUUGCUGGACAUAUUUUUAGUUGUAUAAGGAGCAUAUUAAUCACCAGGAAUACCAGGCAUUCCAAAUAUCUUUCUUAGCAUGUCUUUUAUUUCUAUGUAUUUGUUGCUAAUUUUAGCCAGCUUUUGAUACUUAUAUUCAGUUCUUACUGACAGUGCCUGCUCUUGCAGGUCAAAGGACAAGAACUGGCAUAUUCUCUUUUUUAAAAGAAGUAUUAAUUCACAGCAUUUGCUUAGUAAAUAAAACAGUUUUAAAAGGAAAUAUUUCUGAAAUGGUGAAAGAGAUGCUUUUUAAUGAGAACAGCUCAUGUAGGAAAACAACAGACUUGUAUCUGCACAGUUUUCAGAUGUUCUUGUUAUGUAUUAUUAACAGGCAGGACUAUGCAGAAGAAGUGUACAACCCAAACAUAGGCGGUUUGCAAAUGACAAAGCUAGUCUAAAGGAGAACAUUUUAAUACACCCCUUACACUAUGCCACGGAUUCACAGAAGUGCAUUUAAAUGGUUAAGGUUACAGAAUAUACAGACAUAGAUGCCCAAUUCACCAGCUCCAUUUGAUUGUAAAUACACUCCUCUCUCUGCUUGUGGUUUAUUUUGAGGUGCUGAACUCUCCAGAGGAGUGACCUGCAUUGUUUAAUGCUACCAAAUUUUGCUAAGUAAUUGGUGACACUUUAUAGAAAAAAAUUUUCCGAGUUUCUGUUCUUUUUCUCUUCUGUUUCUCCUCAUCUCUUCCCUCUCCCUCUUUUGUCUUUUUGUUUCUUUUUUUAUUAUUGCUGCUGUUUGUUGCCUGCCUCCUUCUCCUGAUGACCAUUCUCUACAGUCCACUUUUUUCCUUGCUUUUUGUUUUGCUUUGUUCUGUCUGUGGUUUUAUUUGGAUAUGCACCCUACUGUGUCCUGAAUCAUAACAAGAAGAAUCACGGUCUCUUCCCCAUCCUUAUCUCUCCUGUGAGCUCUGCUGUACUAUCUGGGUGGAUGUAGUUCCCCCAUGCUUUGUCUUCCUGCAGCACGUCCUUCCUGUUUCUUUCCCCCAUUCAGUUCUUUUAAUCCUUUCACUUUUAAUUUUGGCUCUCAUUUUCUCUAAAUCUUUCUGGAACUCUUCCUUUUUGCCUUUCCAGGACUUCUUUCAGUUGCUUCUCCCAGAGAGCAAAUACUUCUAGCCUGAGAUGUGGGUGAGUGUUGUACUCCCUGGAAGAGCAAUAAGCCUAUAACUAGCAUUUUCCUUUUUCAUAUCUGUGUAUAUAUUGACCUUGCUGUCUCUCUGUGGUGGAAAAAUAUAUUUAAUUGACAGACAUACAUUAUAUCCCAAAUGCCUCCUCCUGCCUAAUUUUGGGUUAUGGGGAUAAGACAUGGUGUUUGAAAGAGUUUCCUGGAGCACAGCAAGGGCUGCCUUGCUUUGCCAGCCCUUCAGACUGGCAGGUACAGAAUUGCAGCACGGUUGGGCAGAGACACCUUGCCAGACCGGUGGGCUGCAUUUGUGUUUCAGCAUGGGAAAUACUGAUGACCACGCUAGUAUAUAGCCUUUCGGAUAAAUUGUUACAUCCUGAAGGUGAAGAAUAGGUGAGGUAAAGAGGGUCCAUUGCUAAUGGAGGAGCAGGAGCAGGGAUCGUUCCUCCUUGGAGCAAUUUGACCUGUCAGACGGGUCUGUAUGCCUCUCCUAGAGGCAGAGGCAAAUGGCUUGUUUUAAAGAAAGACCCAUAAAAUGCAAGUUUAAGCAAAGUCACCAGAUGGGUUUGGCAGAAUCUUCUUGUUGGAGGAGCUUGGAGAAUUUGAUGGGAAUAAGAUAACUGAAAAUUGAUAUCUCUGUAGGGUAGAGCCUGUGUUAGAGAGGGAGUGUAUGUGAGAAAGAUGCAGGAGGGAGAGCAGCACAAGACUAAACAGGACAAGGAAAAGCAGGGAGCAAGUCAGUGUUACCAGCCUGUAUGAUUUUGCCAUAGGUUGUUGAUUUUGUUUUGCUUAAGCCUUGGAGCUUACUUUAAUUCAAAAUGGCAACUAUUUUCAGUUUUGUCAGAUGCAUACAGAGACUUUAAACCAUGAGUCUAAAUCGAUGCCGCACCAGAAACACGCAAAAUUACUAGCAUUUCUACUUAUAGUUAAAGAGGGAUCUGACUCACAGCGACAUCCCGCUUGAGGUGCAUGGAAAAGAGGUUGCUUCCCAGGAGCCAGGAUGCAUGUAUGUGUGCUCCAGAAGUAGCUCCAAUGUAGGUUUACUUCUGGUAGAUGGUCACAGGUGAUUGUAGGCCAUUUGCUAAUGGUUUUCCUCCUUAGCACAGCACUGAGCUAAGAGGCAAGGGAGAAGAAUUAUUUUAUAGGAUAUGUGUCUUGGAUUUAUGCCGCUUAAAUGUAAUUUGCUAGAAUCCCUCUAUAAGCGGUAAUUUUGUAACAUUUAGAGAGGAUGUAUGGAGUUGGUAUAGUAUUCCUGAGGGUAAACAGCAGCCACUGGAGUUUACUGAACACGUGACUAGAAAUUUUAAUUUUAGGAACACAGAGUUCCUCCAUAUCAUAUAUGCACCAGGCAUUUGAGUACAGCUUCUUUUUUUUAUUCACCACUGACAAGCUAUGAUUUAUUUCCUCAUGGGUGUAUGUCAUGGGUUGUGCUUGCUGCAGUGUGGAAGGCUCUGGAGGGAAAACGUAAUCAAAUGGAGAAGUAUACUUGAAUUCUCCCCUCUUGAUCCCACUCUCUUCUGAGUUGGUUUUCUCUGAUUGUGUUUCUGCCAGUAAGCUGGGUUGAUGUCAAAAGGGGAUUAACUCAUUUUUAUCGUCUUCUGUGUGGCUGAGAAAAAUACAAGAAAAAAUUGCAAAGGAAUAGCAGACUGGAAGAGGUGGAGAACUUGAUCAGCUGGCAGGGCCUUUGGGAAGCUUCCACUUUUGUGCUUUACUUACCACUUAUUUUUACAAAUAGGUACGACUACUGUGAUUUACCUUUCCAUUGACCAUAGAUAUGUUUCUUUGCAAAAGGGGAGGUGGUUCUAAAGAAUAUCACACCAGUGCAUUGCAAAUGUGGUUUUAGGAGACAUCAACUAUCACCCUUCCUCACCCAAAUGAAAUUAUCAUAGUAUCAUUGCUCUGUAUUUAUGAAGCUGCACUAGGAAUAUCGGUUACCCCGGAUUAAGUAUUGGAGGGCAAUUUGGAGACGUGAGAGUUGGAAUGGGAGAAUUGUCCAUUUUAAGACUACAGGAUGAAUACUGGCAUAUUUACAGUGCAUCUGUGGCAGUUUCAGCACAGGUGGGUCCAAAAUCUCUCAUUCCAGACUCCGACAGAUAAAUCAUAUAGAUUUUGCUGGCAUUACCCAUGUGAACAAAAGGAGAAAAAACUGAUCAUGACACCAAGGCCAAAUUGUAUUUUUUGGCUAAUUAGAGCUACGGCUCUUGGUAAAGAUAUGAAAGCAAAUAAAAUAAAAACUAGACUUGACAUACGAAGAUUCACAAAGCAUUUCUCGCUACCCUGUUGUUCAUGUGGAGCAUUAGUUAUCUGGCAUUGCAGAGCCAACUUCUACCCCAGUUUAUGACCACACAUUUCCAUGGACAUCGGGGUUCAGCUUUGUGUUGUGGAAGAAAGGUGCUUGUGCAUGGUGAAUUUGAAAUGUAGCUGCGGGAUAAAAUCAGUUGUCAUCUGACUGCAUCUGUACUCAUACAGGUGACGGGCUGCUUUUCACCUGCAAUUCUCAUUCCCAUGGUUAGCGAGUGAGUACUUUGGAGAGAUGUAAGCUAAUUACAGCCAAGGUAGAACCUAGUUUUUGAACUACUUGCAACUGCUUUUCCAAAAUAUCAGCAAAUGCUUAAACUAAUCUAACCAGAUUUCUGACAAAGGGGACAUUUCAAUCCAUGUAAAAGCUCUUAGCAGUCAUCGGUAUGCUAUAGUCCAUACCUUUAACAUACAUGACUACGUGGUCCUCUCCUUUUGCCUUUGCACAUUCUAGUAUUUGUGAAAACAGUACAUGCCUUUUCCUAAUUUUGUUUCAGAGAGACCUUGACUUUGAGCAGGUUUCUCUGUAUACAGUAUCAGGGCUCAAGGGAAGAACGAAAUUAAUCCGUAACUAGUGCAUUGUCAUAAAUGGGGAAAAGUGUUAUUUGUAUAUUUUUGUAAAUAUGUAACAUUUAAUGGCAGUUUUGUAGUGAUGUGCUGUUUUUGGAAAAAAAAAAAAUCAAAUAUAUGUUUGAAUAUGCUUAAUGUAACACUUAACUGUGAUUCAAUUGCACAAUUAAUAGCUUAAUCUAAAAGUCUUGUGCAAUAUGUAGUGCACACACAUAACCAAGUAUCUGUUAGUGAUCCACAAGCAAGUUUUUGGCAACUUUUAACGGUGAUGAUGAACUGUGCAGUACAGUUUAUCAUGACCUCUUUCAGCUUCCAAACAUGUAGCAGACAAACUACUGUAUACGUACCUGUGUACUCCACUGCAUCCAAAGGUAUGCAUUUGUCCUGAGAACCUGCACUACAGGUUUUUCUUUAAUAAAAUUUGGUUCUAAACUA